AUGGGCGAGGAGCACCAGCUUACCGUGCUGCUAGGCGUUCUGCUUCAUUCGUUGCGUUUUUCUUGCGUACGGCGUGCGUUCCUUCGCAUCAAUGGCUCCUUCAUCGCUCCCGUCGACCCCGCGGAUGCUGGAUACCAGUGGUCCACCAACAGCUUCCCCAGGAAAAUGGCGACAUCCACCUCCCUAGCGAUUGGAUCAUUUUUGCAAAUUCCGACCUACCCAGACAUCGUACUACUUGUUGUCCGCCUUUUGCUGUUUAUCAACAUUGCCAUGACUCUGUACCCUAUCUACCGGGCACCUGACCAGGUAUCCGACAUCCCGCUGACUCCAUCACAAAGAGCACUGCUGGGACUCGACCCAAACAGCACAUCUCCCGCUACACAGGGUACCGAAUACAUCACACCACCCAGAUACCGCAUAUCAUCAAGCUCUCGCAGGAGAAGCUCGGGUUCAUGGGGCAACUCGCCCUUCUCAUACUCGGGGGCUGAAGACUCACCCACGAGAAGCCAUCCCGACAGCCCGCCGUUCACUCCCUCUGGUAGCCCGCUGUUCCAAAAGGGGAUUCGGUCCGGUGGCCGGGAUAGUGGCCGUAGAAACAGUUUUGGCUCGCCUUCGCCGCUGGGACGGUCCAGCAUUGGAGCACGAGAUGGAAGCUCCCUGCGAGCUCCCUCGACGCCCACCCCGUUUGGAAAGGGCACCUCCCCUGUUAUGACGCAGAAAUGGCUGUUUGAGAGAAGCCGGAUGUCCUCGUCCGGCAGCAGCGUGUUCAGUCAGUGA